AUGAAGGCCACCACUGCUUCUGCGUUGCUCGCCGCUUUGUCGGCGACAACUUUCACUGCUGUCAAUGCCGCACCCGCUCCCGAUGUCGAUGAGACUUAUCCCUACAAUGGUCCUUCGGUUCCCGUCGGUGACUGGAUUGACCCAACCGUCAAUGGCAAUGGAAAGGGUUUCCCCCGUCUAGUUGAGCCUCCUGCUGUUCAGCCCAAGCACAAGAACCCCACCAACAACAUCAAUGUCAUCUCCUUGGCCUUUAUGCCAAAGGGUAUCAACAUCCACUACCAGACUCCGUUUGGAUUGGGAGAGGCCCCCAAGAUCAAAUAUGGCACUGAUCCCAAGAAGUUGCAUCAGGUCGCUACUGGUUACUCUCACACAUACGACCGAACCCCUCCUUGUUCCGCCGUCGCUGCCAUCACACAAUGUAGCCAGUUUUUCCACGACGUCCAGAUACGUGAUUUGAUGCCCAGCACCAAGUACUACUAUAGGAUUUCCGCAGCCAAUGGCACCACGGAGUCUGAGGUACUCACCUUCACCACGUCCCGCCCGGCAGGUACCCCCGGCGAGUUUUCCCUUGCCGUGCUCAAUGACAUGGGUUACACAAACGCUGGCGGUACCUUCAAGCAAUUGCAAAAGGCUGUUGACGAUGGUGCUGCUUUCGCUUGGCACGGCGGUGAUUUGAGUUAUGCCGACGAUUGGUAUUCUGGUAUCUUGCCCUGUGCGGAUGACUGGCCAGUGUGCUACAACGGAACAAGCACUUCGGUUCCCCCAGGUGACUACCCAGACUCUUACAAUGAACCUUUGCCUGCUGGUGAAGUUCCCAACCAAGGUAGUCCACAGGGUGGUGACAUGAGCGUGCUGUACGAGUCCAACUGGGAUUUAUGGCAGCAAUGGCUCCUGAACGUCACCACCAAGGUUCCAUAUAUGACUGUUGUCGGAAACCAUGAAGCCGCUUGCGCAGAAUUUGAUGGUCCCGGUAACCCUUUGACUGCCUUGUUGAACGACGGCGAGGUGAAUGGCACUGCUGCCAAGGCCCAGCUCACCUACUACAGUUGCCCUCCUUCUCAAAGAAACUUCACUGCCUACCAGCAUCGUUUCUGGAACCCCGGUAAUGAGACUGGUGGUGUUGGCAACUUCUGGUACUCUUUCGAUUACGGUCUAGCCCACUUUAUCACUAUUGACGGUGAGACCGAUUUCGUCUCCAGUCCUGAGUGGCCAUUUGCUCGUGAUAUUCAUGGCAAUGAAACUCACCCCAAAGAGAAUGAAACCUAUAUCACCGAUAGUGGUCCAUUUGGCCGUGUUAGUAACUACACUGACAACAAGGCCUACGAGCAGUACCAGUGGCUCAAGGCGGAUUUGGAGAAGGUUGAUCGUUCACUCACUCCAUGGGUUUUCGUCAUGUCUCACCGUCCUAUGUACUCUUCUGGUUUCUCAUCCUACAUGACCCAUAUUAAGGAUGCUUUCCAGGAGCUGCUCUUGGAGAACGGGGUUGAUGCCUAUCUUUCUGGCCAUAUCCACUGGUAUGAACGUAUGUUUCCCCUUACCGCUAAUGGCACUGUCCUCCACUCUGUCAUUGUCAACAACAACACCUAUUACACCAGCCCUGGUGAGGCCAUGACCCACAUUGUCAACGGUAUGGCAGGCAACCUUGAAAGCCACAGUAUGUUGACCGACAAAGAGAGCAUUCAGAAUAUCACCGCUUUCUUAGACCAGACCCACUUUGGUUUCAGCAAGAUGACUGUCUUCAACGAGACUGCCGCCAAGUGGGAGUUCAUCCACGGUGCUGAUGGCUCCGUUGGUGAUUAUCUGUGGUUGUUGAAGAAGGAGAGUGAUACCACUCCACCAGACGACACUUGUUAA